AUGGACUGCAGACAUCUCUUUCAGGUUAGAAUUUCUCAGGAGGAUCAAGAUGGGACCACCCUCUGUCCUACUCGAGAUGAAAUCAGAAGUACGUUAUUUGCCAUGAAUAACCACAAGGCUUUUGGGCCGGAUGGAAUGUCAGUUCUCUUUUUCAAGCACUAUUGGGAGUCUGUGGGCGAUGCCUUCUGUGAUGCGGUUGCUGAUUUCUUUGAAUCUGGCAUGAUGCAUCGAGGUAUCAAUUCGACAACUGUGGUUCUCAUCCCAAAAAUUCAAAACCAAAAAUACCUAACCAUUUCAGGCCUAUAUCUUUGUGUAAUGUGUUGUACAAGGAAAAAAGGCAAGGAGGGAUACUUUGCUAUAAAGAUUGAUCUUGUUAAAGCUUAUGAUAGGCUAAACUGGGAAUCCAUUGAUCAUGCUCUUGAUUGUUUUGGUUUCCCCCAGAAAGUUCAUAAUUGGGUCACCCAGUGCAUCUCCACCACCUCGCUCAAUGUGUGCCUUAAUGGAGGGAUGGUGGGUAAGAUUAUACCCUCCUGUGGUCUUAGGCAAGGGGAUCCUCUUUCUCCCUACCUCUUUAUUUGUGAUGCUGAAGUUUUGUCGAGACUCUUGGAAGAGGAUCUUGCGAAGGGAGUCUUUAAGGGCAUUAAGUUAAGUAGGGGAGGUCCGGUCCUAACACACUUAUUCUUUGCUGAUGAUUUAAUCCUGCUAGGUCAGGCCACUGUGAAUGAAGCCAAAGGUUAUUGGAAUUUCCUAGAGAAGUUUUGCUCCUGGUCUGGUCAACAAGUGAACAAGCUCAAAACGUCAAUAUUCUUUAGCAAAAACACAACCAGUGGAAUGAGAAGAAGCAUUAAGGAGGCCUUGGGGUGGAAAGCGAAAACACUUUCCAAAGCAGGGCGAGCCACCCUAAUUAAAUCUGUUGGUUUUUCGCUUCCUCUUUAUGCCAUGCAAACAACCAAACUUUCUGAUCGAAUGGUUAAAAGGAUAGAUGGUCUUGUCAGGGAUUUUUGGUGGGGUUUUGAGAAAGGAAACCAGGGAUUGCAUCUAAGAGCUUGGGAUAAACUUUCCCUUCCUAAGUCUUUAGGAGGUCUUGGUUUUCGGAAAACGAAUGAAAUGAAUCUGGCCUUCUUGGCCAAAUGGGAUUCUGACUCGUGGUUCUGGAAGAAUGUGGUCAAAGCAAAGGCUAUUCUGAGGAAAGGGGCUUGUAAGCUUGUGGGUCAUGGUAGAGACACCUGCAUCUGGAGGGAUCCUUGGAUUCCUCAUUUAAAAGGUUUCAUUCUGAAACCAAUAGGAGAAAUCUCGCCUAACUUGAAUUGUGUGGCCGAUCUCCUCACAGAUUCUAGCUCAUGGGACACUUCUAAGCUAAAAAGGUUGUUUGAUAAAGACACGGUCUCUGCUAUUUUGAAAGGAGGUAAUCCUUUGAGCCAGGAUGUGGAUAGAUGGGGUUGGAUCCUAGAGUCUAAUGGGAGGUUCACGAGUAAAUCUUCUUACCUUGCUCAAGCUCUAGAAAGAGCCAGCCAUUGUGAGGUGGCCCAUUUGCUGUGGAAUAAACUAUGGAAUAGUAAAGUUCUAGAACGGCAUAAGAUCCUUUGGUGGUGCAUCCUCUCUACGGCACUCCCUGUCAGAGCAGUCAUUGGCAGAAGAUUUCAAAUUGAGGAUACCAGAUGUCCUCUAUGUGGUAGGGGGAGGAAUCUGUUGAACACCUUUUUCUUUCGUGUGAUGUGGCGUUACACAUUUGGCACUCCUCUCCUUUGGGGCAUAUAUCCGAUUUGUGGCAAUGGGAUUCGUGUUUGGGACUGGAUAAAAUUUCUUUGGAGCCUUAAAAACAAGGGUAUCCGAGAGGAGAAGAUACAUGCUUCUCUGGUGACGCCUCCGACUCCAAUUUCGGAGGAAAAAUGGAAUCCACCCCCUGAGGAUUGGAUCAAACUGAAUUGUGAUGUUAGAGUGGGACGGGCAAGCAUGUGUACAGCUAUUGUUGCUAGGAACCAUCAGGGUAAGGUGAUCCGGAUCCACAUGACUCAGUUGGACUUUUCGGAUGCUUUGUGCAGAGAAGCAGCAGCUUGUUGUUCAACCAUUUCUCUGGCUAUUGACUUAGGGUUUAAGUUUAUUAUAAUUGAGAGUGACUCGAGACUAGCUAUCAAUGUUCUCAAUGGGAAGGAGUCCCAUUGGGCACUUGAGAACUAUGCCUCCUUUUGUUUGAGAUCCACUCCUUCUUUUAUUAGUUGUAACUUUAUGAAUAUUAGUAGACAUUGUAACUAUGCGGUCCAUAAUGUGGCUAAGUGGACGUUUACCCACCAGAUAUUUGGUUGUAUUCCAGUCUCCGACUUGCAGGAGAAUCUGCUUUCUAGUUCAUCUUCUGCUGCCUCAAUAUCUGCUAAUAUUAAUUCUAUUCCGAUGCUUAAUGGAACCAAUUUCAAGGAUUGGAAAAGGAACUUACUUAUAGUUCUGGGAUGUAUGGAUUUAGAUCAUGCAUUAAGGAAUGAACAACCUGCACCUCUCACUAAGGAAAGUUCCCAUGAUGAUAAAAGGGAAUUUGAGAGGUGGGAUCAUUCAAAUUGCAUGAGUCUAAUGAUUAUGAAACACAACAUUCUAGAAGCCUUUUAG